CUCGUGCUUCGUCCAUCUCCAAGUCCAAGAAGCCAUCCGUGGGGCACAAUCAUGCGAAGGUACCCAUGUCGCCGGCAUCGCUCCCAUCUCAGUCGCGCAAAGCCUCCGUUUCGUCCUCCACCAUCAACUUCCAGCACCAACUCGGCGUCGACGAGGAAGACCUCUCUUCCAAGCCACGCUGUCAGCGGUGUCGCAAGAGCAAGAAAGGCUGCGAUCGUCAGCGACCAUGCGGACGAUGCAAGGAUGCCGGCAUCGGUGCCGACGGUUGCCUCAGCGAGGACGAGGGCAACGGCCGUAAAGGACGCUAUGGGCGACACAUGGGCGUUACGAUCAAGAAGGGCGAGGGCAGUGUUGACGAGGAAGACUCUCCUCAGCCAUCAAUGUCGCAACAUAGUGUGGCUAUGCCCGCUAAUGGGUACUUCCUUGCGCCGGCGCUGCCGGAUAAGAGCAAGAAGCGUAAGCGCUGAACACGAAUGGACUGCAAGGUUGAACGGAUACAGCUGGAGUGAACAAGCUGUUUAAAGAGUCUGAAAGUGAGGAGAAAGGCUCCUUUCUCGGCCGAAGAAUGAAUGAGGAUCCUCUCGCGUUUUGACAGGAAGCACGGCGUUACAUCUCCGAGGGCGGAUGUUGUUCAUGAUGACAUG